CAGCUGCGGCACAGCAUCGCCUGGCGGAGACACUCUUGGCUGCAGCCUGCCUCCUCCUUCGCCGGCAGCUGACGACCAGGUUGCGGACGGCGGGGCGUCCGACCGCCUCGUCUCGCCGGAUCGGAGGCGCGCGCCGCAGACGAAGCGCGAUGGCCCUCGUCUCGCCCCCCAGAGGCAGCGGGGGCCGGACGCCUUCCAACAAGAAGGCCAAGACGCCCGGCUGCAGGAAAGCACGCCAAGACAAGCCUUCCAAAGAAGAGGACGAGAGGAGGAGGAUUCGCCGGGAGCGGAACAAAAUCGCUGCGGCAAAAUGCCGCAACAGGCGGAGGGAGCUGAUCGACACCCUGCAAGCUGAAACUGACCAACUGGAAGACGAGAAGUCGAUCCUCCAGUCGGAGAUAGACGAGCUCCUGAAGGAGAAGGAGCGACUGGAGCAGGUGUUGUCCUCGCACGGCUCCUCCUGUAAGCUGAAGUCGAAGGCGGACGCGGACGAGGAGGACAUCGCCGCGGCGUCACCCGAAGGCGCCGGCGUCCCGGCCGCGGCCAUCUUCGGCAACUCCGACCUCCUCCUGUCCGCCAGCGUGCAAGACGACCAAGAGGAGAGCCUGCAAGAGCUGAAGGACGACUUGGACGAUCUGGUCCCCAGCCUGGAGAUGGAGGGGGUGACGUCCGAGGAGGGGCAGGCGGCGGCCGGGGCGUUCGUCCCCGACAUCGCCGACCUGAGAGGGUCUCUGUGCCUGCCCGACUGGGAAACCUUGUACAAGUCGGUCGCAGACGACCUGGAAUGUCUCGGCGCGUCUCCCGCUCCCUCGUACGGCGGCAACCACCGCCUCGGCGUCUUCUCCUUCAACUUGGCCGAAAUGGACGCCUUGGCGCCGGAGGGCGGCUUUGAAGACAAUCUCAACUCGCCGACCCUUCUGGCGUUGUGAAGCAAACAAAACAAACAAACAAACAAAGAGCGUGGUCGGUGUGUCCGCGCAUCGCGCACCGAGCAUCGGUGAGCCGGUUGCAAUCAAACGGGCUGAGCCCAAUGUCGCUAAACCGCACGACUUUCUCUUGUUCCGGCCUGAAAAAACAUCCAGACUUUCAAUCUGGAGGCGACAUCGUGCCGCUUUACGACACUUCUCAGAAAACUUGAGCGUUCAAAAGAUUUGCUCUCCAGCGGUCACUUGUGUGCAAACGAUGUGGGGACAGAACAAUACGAAAGAAAAAAAUAAAUGUCCGAUAUAUACUCUCCAAUCUAUAGUACAUUUGAAAUCUCUCUUUUAAAAACUCAAAAAGUUCAAGUGUGACAUCGGAGGGGGGUUCACCGCACCUUCGUUUCUUUUGUAGCGUCUGUUUUGCUGUUGUGUCCAUUUCCAAAAUGUGAAUCAAUGUGACAGGGCUGAAUUCUUUCUUCCAUUCUGGUCGUGCGGUUCUCCAAAACGAAAGCUUCCAAACGAACAAAAAACAUGCAUGCAAAUGACUUCUAACAGGUGCGCCGUCUCUCUUAACGGUACUCAUCUCGAGGUGUAAAAUUGCCGUGGACGAACCUGUGAUGGAAAACAAAUACGAAAACAUUGCAGGGUGACUGAUGUGCAGCAUUUUAUGGGAGAGGUGCGUAUCCAAGCGUGUUGUCUGCCGUUCCUUUGGGAAUGCGGCGCCAUCUCUAUUUGAUCACCGUUUUUAUUUUUGAACGUACAAAAAACAAUCGGAUGCAAGGGACAAGAAAUAAAAAGUGAAAUGGAAACAUUUAAUUGUUCUUCCUGUCACUAUGUCGGUGGCAUUGAUCGAUGGGGAUUAGUAUUUACAACACAUAAGGAAUACAUUUCAGACCCAUUUGUAGAUGUGGCAAACAAAGAAGGUGUUGGUCAUCUUAAAUCAUACAUUAUUCACUUUGUUUGAGUGGGGGGGUAUUUAAGAAAACAUUUUUACAGACUAUAUUGGAAUGGGUCAUUCGCGGACAAAAAAAAAAAAAAUCACAAAAAAUGGUUAUAUGUCAACAUAAUACAUGUCACAGAAUCAUAUAUGCAUUUUAUAUCUUGUCUAGUUAUAAUGUGUAUUUUAUUGUACAAUCGGUCAGCUGCGGGUGAGGUU